UUUGUGCAGUAAUUCAUAUUAUAUUUUUUAUUUUAAUCCACGUCUGAUCAUCGUAUAUACUUAAUUUAGUAAUGUUGCUUAAGAAAUUAAAGUCAAGGAUUGUCCCCUCCAGAUUUCCUUGGUGCCUGAUGGCACGCACCGCUUUCAAGGUCUCUGUUGUGGGUGCUGGCGGCGGUAUAGGACAGCCGCUUUCGCUGCUCCUGCGGAAGGUCAAGGGGAUCGACGAGCUUUCCCUACACGAUCUGCGUGGUACAAAGGGAGUCGCGGCCGAUACCGGACAUAUCUCCGAACAUGGAACGGUAAGCGGCUACGUGGGCGAGGAUGAGCUUGAGCCGGCAUUGCUGGGCGCCAAUUUGGUGGUGGUAACCGCCGGAAUGCCCCGCGUCCCGGGCAUGACGCGCGACCAGCUGAUGCAGGCUAACGGUGGCAUAGCCAUCCAUGUGAUCAGAGCAAUGGCCUGUGCCUGCCCCGAGGCACUUAUUGCUUUCACCACGAACCCCAUUAACAUUAUUGUCCCGACUGCUGCUGAGGUGCUAAAGGAAGCUGGGGUGUUCGAUCCACACCGUCUGUUCGGGAUAACCACCUUAGAUGUGGUGCGCUCGAGGAAGUUUAUUGGCGACUUCAUGAACAUUAAUCCGCGGAAGGUUAAUAUCCCGGUGAUUGGUGGACACACCGGACCCACCAUCCUACCGCUCUUCUCCCAGUGCCAGCCCGAGUUCAGAGGCGACACCGAAGACAUACUGAGAUUGACGAAUCGCAUCAAGGAAGCCGGUACUGAAGUGGUUAUGGCCAAGGGCGGUGCUGGUUCGGCCACCCUUUCAAUGGCCUAUGCCACUUGCUGUUUCGUGAAGUCCCUGAUUCGGGCCCAAAACGGACAGGAGGGCAUCAUUGAGUGUGCCUUUGUCGCAUCCUCUGUGGCAGACGCCCCCUUCUUCGCAGGUCCUGUGGAACUUGGCAAGCAAGGCGUCAAGCGCUGUCUAAAACUGCCUGUACUGAACGAGUUUGAACAGAAGUCCCUGGAUAAUCUGCUGCCUAUUCUGAGGAAAAAUAUCGAAGCCGGCAUCCAGUUUGCCAAAACGUUUAAGAAAUAUUGAGUACAAUAUGAGUACUUCAAAUUUA